CUGAGAGGGAGGCUGAUACCGUAGUCCUCGCGUCCGGCCCUCAAGUCAUUUGCUCGAACCGUGCGCCAUGGGCAUGGCCGCCGAAUACGCGUGGUGGCGCAAGGUCGGUGGGCGUUGCGCGAAAAAGCGCGUAGGCUUCUUGGGGAGCGACGCGUCGACCAUGGCUCGAGCGGAGGCCGCCCUCAACAAGUGUGGCCAGAGAACCCGCUUCAUCUGGCUGUGCACGGUAGUGCUGAUGGCAAUGGUCAUGUCCAGCGCGGCGCCCUCCGCAUUCACGGAUGACCUGGGCGUGUCUUGGAGGCCAGCUGGAAUGCCGGAAGCGGUGCCGUGGGCACCAGGCUCUGCGCGCUCUUCGCGCCUCGUGGCGCGGGAGCUGGUGCACUGCGGGGCAGCGUCCUGCAAGGAGGCCGCCGCUGUCGCCACGCCGCCGCACGGGCGGCUGGUGUGGCGGGCCCCGAAGGGCUUCGGCCCGCAGCGGGACCUGCAGGAGGCCCUGUACCGGCUGCCGGCCGUGCUGUCGCACCCGCUCGAGCUGCACUGGUGGCCCCACAAGGCGGUGGAGCCCUUCAGGGGACCCUUCCUGGCGCUGGUGUCGACGCGAGCCGAGAACGUCGCCCGCAGGGCGGCCAUCCGCGCGGGUUGGGGAAACGCGACGCGCUACCCGGCCGGCGCCUUCCGGCUCAUCUUCUUCCUCGCAGCGCCCGCCAAAGCGACGAAGAAGAGCGCGCAGGUCCAGAGGCUUCUGAACGAGUCGGACCUCCACCUGGACAUGGCGGUCGAAGCAUUCGAUCUCUCCUCGACCCGAGCCAUGAUGCUGGAGUGGGCGCCCGAGUACGCGCACAAUGCGCGGCUCGUGUUCUGGGCCCGCGACGACGCAGUGGUGAACGCCGCGCUUCUGCUGGCGUGGAUGCGUCGACUCUCCGCCGCGCCAGGUGACGUGUUUGGUCGCGUCGCCGGAGUCCCCGACCGUGGCGCUAGACGGCAGGGCAGCCGGAUCACUUACUUGCCCUGGAAACGGCUAGAGCAGUGCGCCUACUUCCUGAAGAUGGCAGCACUGGUGCGAAUGAGCAGCGUCUACGAGGACGUGCCUCGCCAGUUCAGACAGAACGACGCGGCGGGAAUCGUGGUGCCCUCCCUCGCCAGGCGUGCGAACCUGAGUCUCGUGGCCAUCGGCGGUUUUGAGCCCUGCGCCAGUGGCGCGUGGUACGCCAACAGGACUAUAUCCUGAAUGACCGAGCGAGUCGCUGACUCCUGGGGAUCUCAGGCCAACUCUUGGACUUAGGCGCAAUAAAAUUCGUGACCAUAUUGGUUUUACCUGC